UUUGUACUGCGCCGGCAGCGGAAUCCUACAAAAGUGAUGCUAUCGCGCAGGCUCUGUACUCCUGGCGGCGUCGUUGUCGCUAGUUGUCCAGGCACACAAGCCAUCAUCCCACGUCGGCCCGCAGACGAUCGUCCCAACACCCUGGCUCGCCUCCCGCUCAACGGCUUCACAGCCGAAGCGCACCCAUCCAUAAGCAGCCAACAGUCGCACCUUGCAAAACGAGGUGGGCCACGCUCACCGCAUUACCACAAAAGCACAUACAUUGGUCUUCAACAAGUCAGCAACCUGCUCCGAUACUGAGUCGCCGAUGAGACUUUGAUGCAUUACACUGGUGAUAGAAAGAGUGCGUGGAGUAGGAAUGCGUGGGCUCAGUAAUGCCUUGUUUAAUCAACUGAGUACCUGUAGGGCAAGAAAUUCAGUUUGCCAUGAUUAUGCGCGCGAAGAACCCACUGCGCGGUUCUGAAGUGGCCACGAGAUACAAAGGUCGGGCAAGAGACAUGAAACACUUCGUCCACUAGAAACUACAACAUAUGUCGCGUAAUCUGCACAAAACUUCUCAC